UACGCCCCCUGAGCUUUGUCCACCUCUCCCUCUCUGUCUUUCUCCUCUUCCACUCUCCUCUGUGAGCUGGAGUGCAUGGCGUCUGAACUCAGUUGUUGAACUUUCUUUACACUGGGUGGCUUUAUUCAGAUGCACUUUAUUGGAGUGUUUCUGUCAGGACUGUUUGCUACAGAGAGAAAUUAUUUAUAGAGAGAUGCAAGGUAAGCAAAGCCGGCUGAGUGUCUGCGAGCGCUGCACAUUGCGGAUCUGGGAAGAGUGAAGUUGGAGGGUGAGCUGCUGAGAGGAACAGGUGGAGCACUGGCAUCAGCGACUUUAACAGUUCAGCAUAUUUACUUCCAAAAGGCCCGGGUGAGUGCCCAGACGCUCUAAUGCAUUUAUCACUGGAUACCAUGAGCAUGGUGGACGACAGCUGCCUCUCACCCAGCAAUUUCCACGAAAUGGGGAAAGGUGGGGGCAUCGCUGCCGGGGGGCGCGUCCACAGCAUUGAUGUCAUUCUAGGUUUCAGUAAAGACCAGGACCCCCUGCUCAGCCCUGCAGGGGCCCCGCGGCCCCAUAAAGUGGACAUAGAUGGCCUGGCAGAGCCAGGGAAGCAGCAGGAGCCCUCGUCACACCCGACAUACAGCGGGCACCUUUCCUCUCUGAGGAACAGCAGCACAGAGCAGCAGCAACAGUACCAUGAUACUGGCUUAUUCACAAACAAGUGCGAUGAGGAACUGAAUGAGCUGAGGAAGAGUGUAGACAGUGAUGAAGGCAAUUCUCCAGAGCCAUGCAAGGACGAUCAGCCCAAGAAGAAGCACAGGCGCAACCGCACCACCUUCACCACCUACCAGCUGCAUGAGCUGGAGCGUGCCUUCGAGAAGUCCCACUAUCCAGACGUGUACAGCCGUGAGGAGCUCGCCAUGAAGGUGAACCUCCCAGAAGUCCGAGUUCAGGUCUGGUUCCAGAACCGCAGAGCUAAAUGGCGUCGGCAGGAAAAAAUGGAUGCCAGCACCAUGAAGCUCCACGACUCAUCCAUGCUGUCCUUCAACCGCCCAGCACCAGUUCACACCAGCAUGGGUCAGAUGACCAACUCCCUCCCCUUGGACCCCUGGCUGUCCUCUCCCCUGUCCAGUGCUACACCGGUCCACAGCAUCCCAGGCUUCAUCAGUCCAGCUCAAGGCCUCCAGCCCAGCUACCCCAGCCACGGCUUCCUCAACUCCACUCCUCAUCCCCCUCAUCCUCAUUCUUAUCCUCACUCUCAUCCUCAUCCAUCCAUGGGCCAGGGGAUGCAGAGUAUGGCUCCUCCUCCUUACCAGUGUUCGGCACCGUACCCGGAUAAAUACCCUCUGGAGGACGUGGACCAGCGCAGCUCUAGCAUCGCUGCAUUGAGAAUGAAAGCCAAGGAACACAUCCAGUCUAUGGACAAGACCUGGCAACCCAUGUGACUAACAAACCUGGCAGUCCAUGUGAAUGAUAUUGGGAAAGGGAGAUGUUGAAGUUGUUUCUUGGGGUUCAGAGUAACAGACAUUGAGUAAAAUGUUAGAAAAUAUGGCAGUGACAUGUCAGUUACCCACAGAGCAAAGGAAAUGGAUUUUGAACUGUGAAAACCGAGGAUUUUAGGACUUUCUUUGGACUUAAUUUUUUCAUUUUUCCUCAUCUCAAGGACAUGAAGCAGACAAGUGAACUCUACAGUCUUGUUAACUUGUUCAUUUUAAACCACCAAUUACCAGACAUCUGUUCUCCCUCCAAUCUCUAAGUGUUUAGCGUUGCCUUGCGUGCUGUAAAAGCAAAUGUCUUUGAUUGCAACUUGCACCCCAGGAGCAAGGAAAUUUCUUUCCUUAUCAACCACUUUUUGAUGUUUAUGUGACCCUUGUGACAGCUCAUGUCAGAGGACAGCUGUUCAUGAACUGGGAAUUAAGGCAUGCUAACACGAAAAUCACCUAAAUAUGGAGAUUAUUAUUGUAUUUCUGUUCUUUCAGUUCACUUUUCUGUUAGUUCUGUCAACCAUCAAAAAUGGAGUCAGACAAAACAUCCUAAAUUCAGCUGUUCAUUCUUUCCUUUUCCCAUUUUUUCACUAAGUUUGUGUUUUUACUAAUUAAUCCAAUUGUCACAUUUUCAUGGGUCAGCUAAUCAGAGUCUCAGAGUACUUUGUGAAUGAAAGUCCAGUCUCAGUUUAAUGUGAGAGCAGCUUUUAAAAACCAAGGCAUGAAGACACAUAACAAUGUCUCUGACAAUGACUGUAAAUGCACGUCUCACUAAUCUGUUGAUUUAUAAAAGCUGUGUAACUGAUUUUAUGCUGAUCUCCCAAUUAUGGCAUGGUUUAUGUUGCCCCUUACUGGCUGACCAGUUUAGAUAUUUGAGCCUAUAGCUUAGAUACGCUGGUGUGACUGGAGGACUAGUGAGGCCUACUGUCGUGGUUUUAGAUAUACAGGGAGAGGAGAAUCUCUCACUUAUGGGGUCACAAACUGUUAAAUAGAUAAUUGUUUGUGGGAAAGUGUACUAGAAUCAGAAAUGUGAUGGCACCUUCAAAGUGGAACUGGGCUGAGAAUAUACCAAAAAUAAUUCUGCACAAUUAUUGUUCUGAUUUGUGCUGAGAUGCUUUAAAGAAGGAAGGAAGGGUGGAAGGAAGUAUAAAAGACAAAAACAGUGUAUUGAGCGGAGUAACCCUCUUUUUGCUUGAGUGGCUGUUGGAAGAGAAAACCUGUUGGCAGCUCAGUGUUGGGUGGCUGCGUGUACGUGCAGGGCAGCAGAAAGAGCCCUGUGUGAUGCGUCACCCCACAUAGUUUAGUCUUUGUUCGGCACAAUUGAUCCAAGUGUAUCCUCUUUGUCUGAAAUUGAA